CAGUUAAAUUCAUAUGCCUACGUUUCCCCAAAUGUUUCGGCAAGUGGGCUGAUUUGUAUGUAAUAGUAGGCUUUUUGCGAAUAAAUAUAUUUGCCAGAGUAUAUCGCGUUACUUUUGCGCCCUCGCGUGGUUAUUAUCAGCCAUGCAAGUGCUCGCACUGCGCAUGCUCCAUUGACACAUCCGGCCGACCGGUCCCUAUCAAUCGAUCAAAGAGGAGAAGAUGGCGCCGGAUGGAGUUAGCGGGGCAGGAUCGAUCACCGAAAAACUCGAUUGGAUUUGUUUUUUUCCCUUAACUGAGUGAACCACUCCGUAACACCUGCCUGGCGUUACAGUUUGAAAUCAGAGAGAAGAAGAGAUAACGCAGAGAGUUUGUGAUUGCCUGCCAGCUUCGUGCGGUAUCCUCAAGCCUCCAGAACAAUGGAGUUCCCAUGGCACAGUGAGAAGGUUCUGGAGCAGCUUAACCGGCAGCGCAAGCAGGGCCUGCUGUGUGACUGCACAUUUGUUGUAGACGGGGUGGACUUCAAAGCCCACAAAGCGGUGCUGGCAGCAUGCAGCGUCUACUUCCGCACCCUUUUCCUGGAUCAGAAGGAUGUGGUGCAUCUGGACAUUAGCAAUGCAGCAGGUUUGGGGCAGGUCUUGGAGUUUAUGUACACUGGCAAGCUGAGUUUAAAUCCCCAGAACGUAGAAGACGUGCUGUCUGUUGCUCACUUUCUACAGAUGCAAGAAAUCGUAAACGCGGGUUCUGCGUACCAGUCUCUGUCAAAUUCAGCUCCAUCCCUAAUAACCCUGGAUUUUGCUGUCGAUGAAAAAACAGGUGAAGGCGAGCAAAAAGAGAAACCUGACAAUCAGCAGUUAGAAGUGGCAUCACCAUCAGAGCAGCAUCCUGCUCCCGUCAUAGAGGAAAAAGAGCCCACACAAAGUCAGGACAAUUUAAAGGAAGAUGACUCUGUUAAAACAGUAGAGACAGUUUCUCAGCCUAGCCCCACCAGAACCCACUUGGGCCGUGGACGACCCCCGAAAACCAGCCCACCUGCUCAAAAGAAGGUGCCCAUAAAGAAUGAAGAAGAAAGUGCUGUGCAAGAUGUACCUGCAUUUCAGGAUGACCCCUCUGAUGCAGACUACGCCCCCAAAUCACAGUUGAAAUCUGCUGGCAGCUCAUCCUACAUGAGCUCUCGGGGAAGACGAAUCAGAAAACCUCCUCGACGUAACUUCCCACCUGACAAUGACUCAGAAGAUGAAGGCCCAUUAAAGGCGAAUACUGAGAAGAAAAUUGCCGAGCUGGCAGAUGAGACUGAAGGGCAGGAAGAUGACUCAUGUGAGGCUGCCCAUGGGGAGGCCGAUGACGAAGAGGGUCUUGAAGAGGAAGAUGACGAGAUCAGCCAGCAGAUGGAAGGAGGCAGUUCAAGCAGCGAAAGGGAUGGGAAGGCUCAGUCAGUGUCUAUGAGCAACAGAUCUGAAUCCAAACCUUACAGCUCAGUGACACACAAAUGUGAGGACUGUGGGAAGAAAUUCACUCACACAGGCAAUUUCAAGAGACACAUGCGUAUUCACACUGGUGAGAAGCCAUUCAGCUGCCGGGACUGCAACAAGGCCUUCUCUGACCCCGCAGCUUGUAAAGCCCAUGAGAAAACUCACAGCCCUCUGAAGCCGUACUGCUGCUCUACCUGUGGAAAGAGCUACCGCCAGAUCAGCCUGCUCAACCUGCACCGCAAACGCCACACAGGCGAAGCGCGGUACAGCUGCGAAGUGUGCGGAAAACUCUUCACCACUUCUGGCAACCUGAAGCGACACCAGCUUGUGCACAGCGGCGAGAAGCCGUACCACUGCGACUUCUGUGAGAAGGCUUUCUCCGACCCCACCGCCAAGAUGCGACACCUGGAGACGCACGACACUGACAAAGGCAACAAGUGUCCACACUGCGACAAACGGUUCAACCAGCUGGGGAAUCUAAAGGCUCACUUAAAAAUCCAUAUCACAGAUGGACCUCUCAAGUGCAAGGAAUGUGGCAAACAGUUUACAACGUCAGGAAAUCUGAAGAGACACCUGCGAGUCCACAGCGGGGAGAAACCGUACAUCUGUAUGCACUGCCAGAGAGCCUUCAGUGAUCCUGGAGCUCUGCAGCGGCAUGAACGCAUCCAUACAGGAGAGAAGCCCUGCGUCUGUGUUGUAUGUGGCAAGGCUUUCACCCAGGCCAGCUCCCUCAUCGCUCAUGUACGGCAGCACACGGGAGAAAAGCCCUACGUCUGUGACCGCUGUGGAAAAAGGUUUGUGCAGUCCAGUCAACUGGCCAAUCACAUUCGCCAUCACGACAACGUCCGUCCGCACAAGUGUCAGAUGUGCAACAAGGCGUUUGUUAAUGUGGGAGACCUGUCGAAGCACAUCAUCAUUCACACCGGGGAGAAACCUUUCCUGUGUGAUAAAUGCGGUCGAGGCUUCAACCGGGUAGACAAUCUGCGCUCCCACGUCAAGACUGUCCAUCAAGGCAAGGCCGGCAUGAAGCGGCUGGUGGUAGCCGGGGGAAGCGCCGACGAAGGAGUUGAUGGAUGCACGGGGUCGUCCACCUCUGACAGCGAGAUCAACAUCGUAACCGUCACCACAGAGGAUAUCGUCACCCUGGCAACAGAGGCCCUGGCAGCUAGUGCUGUAGCUCAGCUUACAGUUGUUCCAGUAGCCACCUCAGUGUCUGCAGAUGAGACUGAGGCUCUGAAGGCUGAAAUCACCAAGGCAGUUGAGAAAGUUCAAGAAGCAGAUCCCAACACACAGAUCUUGUAUGCUUGCGAUUCAUGUGGUGAUAAAUUCUUGGAUGCGAGCUCACUCGCUCAACAUGUACGCAUCCACACAGCUCAGGCCUUGGUCAUGUUUCAGGCAGAUUCAGACUUCUACCAGUACACCACUACCACCACUGCUGAGGGGGAUUCUACUGCAGCAUGGCAAGCAACCCCCGAACAGGUCAUCCAGGAAGGAGAGCUAAUCUUCCGUGCCCAGCACGGAGAAGGAGAAGAAGGGGUGGUUGGGGAGUCACAAGAACAAGAAGGGUCAGAAGGGGUGGUUCCUGAAGAGAAGGGGAUAGAAGAUGAACAGGUGGAAACCCACACAGAGCUCCAACCAGAUGGAAAAGAUGUAGAUGAGGAAAAACAAGAGAUGGAAUGUUAAAGACAGACAUAGUAAUGUAUGACAUGUUACUUGUAACAUAAUACCACAAAGUUAAGAAUAAAUACAAACUGGAAUCACUUUAAAAAUAUAUAUAUUUUAUCAUCAUUAUUCACACCCACAUGUCAUGUUCUUCCAGUAAACAAGGUCUGAUCCACUGAUUCUGGUAGAUGUUGAGAGUUUUUUUUUUUUUUUUUUUUCCCCACAGAUGCUUAUACAACUUUGUAUAGAUUGUUUAUUUUUAGACUAAAAUGCAGGAGUUUUCAUUGGCAUUUGUAUAAACCAUUUAGAACAUAGUUUUGUCUUGAGUAAUAUAACUUCAGAAAGAUCUGUUAUUUUUCCUUUUCUUUGAUGAGAUAUGUAGAUUUAUCUUAAACUGUCAAAUAUUUAAUUGUACUUAGUUAAAGUAUUUUUCAUGCAGACCAUGUUAGAGAGCAAUUAUCUACAUGAACAUGUGGAAUGGAAUGUUUUGGCAAACACUGUAAAACCCUGCGCUUGUGUGAUAUUUAAAUAUUGUUUAUGUUUGAGAUAAAAAUGGUGUUUUGUGAUGGUCCACAGUUCCCAGUUCCACAUUGUCAUCAAGGCAGUUUUGAUUUCUUGGUGAAGUUCACUGUAACCAGUGGUUUUGUGUAAUUGUCUCAUCUGUUUCUAUUAAAACUCAUCUAUUCUA